AUGAAUGCAGAGGUAUACCUGCAGGGGAUAUUUGUCUACUAUGGAGAGAUAGAUGAGGAGGGUGAAGAUGAAGUAGAAGAAGACAACGCCGACAACGACGAUGACGACGAAGGAAGAAGAUGGAUGAGGGCAAGCGAGGAGGGGAGAAGUGGGGGAUUAGCGGACCGGGAGAGGAUUGGGAUGCACGGAUUACUUAUAGCAUCGAGCAACCAGACUGAUGGGACAAGAACAGGCCGGAAGAUCCGCAGGGAAUUAUUGGAAAGCCUCUGGGGCCGGUCGAUCAGUCAUCUCUCUUGUCGCUUCUCACCCACCCCAAGUGGGCACCGGAAAGCCCAAGAGACAGGCUGAGAGACCCUCCUUCACGCGCGCAUAAUGGACCCAUCCGAGAGACUUGCAGACCCGAGAAAAAAGUAA